CUUGACUGACGAAAUGACCAGUGGCAGGCUGCUCCCGUCAGCUAGCUGAAGAUUAAACCCACUCCCACAAAAAGUCACUGCAUGUGGGAAAUUUAAAAAAAAAUUAGAUAAAAAUGGCAGCUGGUAGGUUUCAAUAUGGGAUUCAACCAUAUAUGUUCGAGCCAGAGUCUGAUCCGGAAUCUCAAGACGAUGAUGAACCGAUUAACGUCGACGCUAGAUCUGAAAUACAAAGGAUGCUCAAGAGUGUGAAAGCGUGCAUGUCAACCCCUACAGCGGCUGAUGCUGGAUCAGUGGUGUCGGACCCUCAACAUUCCCAAAAGCUUCUAAAGGCCCUUCAGUCUUUCAGACAAGAUAAUUUUUUUCAAGAUGCAGUGCUGGUUUUGGAUGGUGAAGAGAUACCGGUUCAGAAGAACAUUCUGGCUGCUGCCAGUCCAUACAUAAGGACCAAAUUAACUUACAACCCCCCAAAGGAGGAUGGGUCUGUUUACAGAAUUGAAUUGGAAGGGAUCUCCGUCACUACCAUAAGGCAGAUACUCGACUACAUUUUCAGUGGAGAGAUUGCCCUGAGUGAAGACACCAUCCAGGAUGUGGUCCAAGCUGCUGAUCUUCUGCUCCUCACUGACCUAAAAUCUCUGUGCUGUCAAUUUCUGGAGGGCUGCAUCAAUGCAGAGAACUGCAUCGGUAUUCGGCUCUUUUCCAUGCAUUACUGCCUGCACCACGUUCACCAUGUGGCCACGGAGUUCCUUCAGACGCAUUUCCGAGAUGUGGCCAACACAGAGGAGUUCCUGGAACAGCCGCCCGAUCGCCUGUGCGAGCUGCUGGGGAUGGAAAAGCUCAACAUAGGAAAUGAAAGGCACGCGCUGGAAGCCGUGGUCCGCUGGCUCAGUCAUGACAUUGAAGCUCGGCGAGUCCACAUGAAGGAAGUCAUGUCUGCCGUAUGGAUUCAAGGCUUGGACCAGACGUACCUCCAGGAGCAGAUGCUCGGCGAACCACUGAUGAGGGAGGUGAUAGGGAAUUGUUGUAUGGAGACCCUAAAAGCAGAACAGCAGGGGGAGGCGCUGCUCGCUGCGUUUAAACCUCGCGGAUACUCCGAGUGUAUUGUAAUAGUAGGGGGUGAGGAUAGAAUCUCUCGGAAACCCACAGCAGCGGCACGCUGCAUGUGUCCACUUUACGAUCGAAGCAGGCAGAUGUGGGUCGAGCUACAGCCAAUGAGUGAGAGGCGUGUUGGGCACGGAGCCAUGUCAGCAGAGGGUUACCUGUUUGCAAUCGGUGGAAUGGAUGAGAAUAAAACUGUGUUGAGCAGUGCAGAGAAAUAUGACCCAGAGACCAACACCUGGACGCCAAUCCCGCCAAUGAUGGAGGCCCGACAGCACUUUGGUAUUGCUGAGCUGGAUGGGAUGGUCUAUGUCUUGGGUGGGGAGAACAAGAACACUGAAGUUCUUCUCUCAAUGGAGGUGUAUGACCCCCAUUGUAACAUCUGGAAGCCCCAACCGAAUAUGAGCACAGUGCGCAAGUUUGGUAGCUGUGCCACCAUGAAAAAGAAGCUUUAUGUAAUGGGAGGUGGAUCAUACGGGAAAGUUUACGACUCUGUGGAGUACUAUGACCCCAAAACUCAGCAGUGGACAACCGUUUGCCCCCUAAAGGAACGGAGAUUCGGAGCUGUGGCGUGUGGUAUCGGACAAGAGCUUUACGUGUUUGGUGGUGUGAGAAACAGAGAAGUUGACAAUCCUGAGUCCACCCAGAUGACCAUCGCCAAAUCCGAGUUUUACCACGAUGAACUGAAAAGGUGGAUGCUCUUAGAUGACCAAAGCCUUUGUAUUCAAGCCACUUCAUCCUUUGUGUAUGGAGCUGUUCCUGUUGGUGCUAGCAUAUAUGUAGUAGGCGAACUCGACACUGGCACCAAUUUUGACUAUGUCCGUGAGUUUCGAAGAAGCACAGGGACGUGGCAUCCCACCAGACCUCUUAUACCAUCUGAUCUGAGUAAGACGAGCUGCGCCGCCCUUCGGAUCGCCAACUGUAAGCUGUUCCGCCUUCAACUUCAACAGGGCCAGUUUCGGAUUCGGGUUCCUUCCAUAUAAACUGAACUCGCAUCUUCACCACUGGGUUCUGCGUCAUGUCACUCCUCCAUUGUCUGCUAGUUGAAAGGAGGAGGAUUGUGGGAAUACAGUGGCUUUAGCUGAAGUUUGGUAAAAGUUUAAUGAAUUAUUAAGUUUCAUAUUGGUGCCUUUUGUAAGGGAAUACAUAAAAUGGUUCUUUCAGUAGUGUGAGGGAGGGGUUUAGCCCAUCCACCAGAUAUGUAUCAUUUAAGGGACCUUCUCUUUGUUUUACACCUUAGUUUACAUUGUUUUACCUGGCGGUUAUCGCUGCUUUUGACGCUAGCACUUUGGAGAGGGAAGUUAAAGUAGCAUUUUUUUUUUUAUAUUUAGGGAGCAAUAAGUAAGGGAACAAAUCAAAUGUGUGCUACAUUGAAUGGUACAUUAGGAUCAAGCACAAUAUUGUCGCUUAUGUCUGUCUAGCUACUGUACACAUGAAAUAUAAAGAGAGUUAGAUUAUUGAAAUCAAUGGGUGACAAUAUUAGGGCUGUUAAAGCAUUUUCAUCCUAUUAAAGAUCAAAAUCUUAAA